AUACUGGUGGCGAUGCAGCCAAAUCACAACACUACACACUAUAUUUGUUAGCUCUGUCUCAGUGUCUGGGGUCGAAAGAUUGAUUAUAUCAUCAUAUCACGACAGUUAUCGCACACCUGACUUCCACUCAUCUCUCUUGAUGGCUGCCUUCGUCAAAGCAAAGAUCAAGGCUGCCCGAGAUGCGAUAGGCAAGAAGGAUUUCAGAACUGCUCAAUUGGCUGCCGAAGAGGCCUUGCAUCAUGAGGCAGAUAAUUACAAUGCUCUAGUGUUCUUAGGCUACGCUUCACUCGAGCUGCAAGAAGUGGAUAAGAGUGAACAGGCAUACUUAAAAGCUAGAAAUUCUGGCCCUGAACAAGCGCUAGCUUGGCAGGGACUUGAAAGGGUAUAUACCCGCGCUAAUAUGCCUCAGAAACUCCUCGACGUGUUGAACAAUCUAGUCGACAUAUUCAUGAAAAUUGAAGACGUUUCAAAAUGUGCAGAAACUGUUCAAAAAAUCAUUGAACUCAGAAAGAAAAGUGGGACACGGGCUGAGAUCAUCGGUGCCUUGAGCCUCCUGCUUCCCUCCUCGCCAUUGUAUCCAUUUUUAAGUGCCCUUCCACCACCUGACUAUACACAACCCACAUCCACGACUACAUUCCCGAUUCAAGAUGCAAUUUAUAACUCCCUCCCCCUACUAGAGGAGAUAAUGACCCUGUCCGAGCAAGAAGAAAAGUUAGUUGUAGAUAAAGAAGUCCAGAAGCGGCGCCAGCGCAUCGAUGCUGGAACACCGCAGGAGAUUAGGAAUGCUGUUGUCCUCGAGAUUGCGAAGUCAUCAAAUUUACUUUCCUUGUAUUCCGAGAUAGUGAACCACCCCAACACACCUGACCAAUUGAGACGGUCAACGGAAGGGAAGAUUUUGCGACACAAACUUCAAUUGUUAUAUGCAUUACCGCCGGCCGAUCACGCAAAGACUCAACUGCGACAGGAAAUCGAUGACAUCGUACAGGGAACUGUUCUGAUCGAAGUGCCUGAUCAACUGGCAUGGACUAUUGCAAUUGAAAGCAAAAAUGCUCGCACCGUGGAAAUGUACGACAUCAGUUUAUUGAGGAGCUAUGUUCGGCUAUUUCCUGCGUCACCUCUUUCUAACGUAAUUUCGGGGUGCAUGUAUUGUCUUGGGAUCCCUCUUUUUGGAGAGACUGAAGCAGACGCGGAAGAGGCGAAGAGGUUCCGAGACAUGGAUUACGAAGUAGCAUUUCAGCUUGCAUCGGACGGCCUGGCUGACUGCCAAGACUCGAUUUUGGCAUACCGCCUUAUCACUGCCGUGUACGCUUCGGAGGGUGACUACCCAAGUGUUAUCAAGGUCGCAGAAACUGGAUUGAAGCUUACUUCCAUGGCCGAGCGGCACUCAGGCAGGGAUCUUGCAUGGGUCAAGCACGCUCUUAACUCCUUCAUAGCUACGGCUCUAACACAUCAUUACCCGCCCAAGUACCAUCAAAGAGCGUUGGGGAUUCUCGAACAACUCCUUUCCAUGAGCCCUGACGACGCAAUGUGUCUCCUGGAGCGGGGGUAUAUUCUGCGUCAUGCGGGUCGUUAUGAAGAUGCACGAGAUGCAUUUCUUGCUGCACACGGUAUAUUUGAAGCUGACAAUGCUCAGAUGCCGCGAAUUCUAGAGGCAAGGGAGGAAGCUGCAUGGUGCCUCACGCUCUCUGGGCAAUAUGAUCAAGCUCUUGUUGAAAUCAGCAACGUCAUUUCCAGCUUGGACGACACGGAAAAUACACCUGAACGGAAGGCCCAAGCAUGGUGGCGGCUUGGUCGCACGCUAUGGGACAAGAGAGAUCACAGUUCUAGGAAAGAAUCGUACUCCCAUUUCAUUGCUUCCCUCAAAUAUCACUCAGCCUUUGCGCCUGCGUACACUUCCCUGGGAGUAUGGUACUCUGAGUUUUCGAACCCACCUGAUCUUUCUCGCGCUACAAAAUGCUUCCAAAAAGCUGUUGAACUAGAUUUGCGCGAAGCAGAUGCUGCGCGUCGUCUCGCUGAAGGCUUUGCUGAUGAGAGUGACUGGGAUUUGGUCGAGGUGGUUGCACGGCGGACCAUUGAGGGGGAAGGUGGUGCGGAAGAUCAAAGCGGGAUAAAGGCGUUGGCAACAGGCAAUAUCGCUGCCGCUGCUCGGUACAAACCCCUUAAUGCAUGGGCAUGGAAAGCUGUGGGAGUGGUUGAAAUGAGCCGGGGCAACCAUGAAUCUGCAAUCAUCGCACUCCAGAUCGCGUUAAGGGCCAAUCAGUCUGAUCAUCGAGCCUGGACAAGACUUGGAGAGGCGUACGCCAAAUCGGGUCGUCCUGCUGCUGCAUUGAAGGCUCUUUCUCGUUCCAGAGAGAUCUCUCAGGAUGAUUGGACCGCAGUGUACUUUAUCGGAGAAGUUUACCGCCAGAUGGGCCAGUUUGACUUAGCAAUCGCCACAUUCGAACCACUCCUCGUAGAUAGACCUGACGAAGUUGGUGUCCUUUUGGCCAUGGCAGAAAGUCAUUUCUCCCGUGCCCGGCAGGAAUUUGCUGCUGGCUACCACACACGCUUCGAGGAAUCUCUUGCAAUUUGUAUGGAGUUGUCCAUGAAGCUAGUAAACUUGGCCCCUGGAUUCCGCCGAAUAAUAUGGAAGACAAUCGCGGAUGCCAUUUUCGAAUUGUCCAAAAUCACUCUUUUUGUCAAUCCCACAUUGGUCCUAAGCGCCGUACGUCCGGUCUGCGAGGCACUUCCCGAAAGAAGUGAAAUAGCGGUUAUCGUCGAGUCCUUAUCUGCAACGGAAUUAAGUGGGAAAUUCGGAGAUAAUAGGGACAGAUUAGAAGGGCUAGACUUGCAUUGGCUUGCCAUCGCAUGCUACAGCACCCGAGUUGGGUUGUGCAAAAAUGAUCAAAUGACGGAAGGAAGCGCGCUAUUCGAUCUUUCCAUUGCGAUCCACUCAAUCAUUCCUAAACUGGUGGGACACCAGAGUGAAAAGGCGUUAUCCGAUGCAGCCAAUAGCGCUAUACUGGACGCGCUCAAGCAUUCACCUGGGAAUGAAUGGUACUGGAACGCCUUGGGUAAUAUUAAAUUUCUGCGAGAGCCUAAACUGGCUCAGCAUGCAUAUAUCAAGGCAUUAGAAAUUGACUCUAAAAACCCCACAAUUUGGACCAAUCUGGGCGUGUUUUAUCUCCACCACGGAGAUACAGACUUGGCAAACCAAUCAUUCUAUAAAGCACAAGUUUCAGAUCCAGAUUAUGGACCAGCUUGGAUCGGCCAGGCGAUGGUCGCCACGAUAAACCAGCAUCUUCCAGAAGCAAGAGCGCUUUUUGAACAUGCUCUGAUCUUAUUCACACCUACUCCUUGGUCGGAAUAUGAGUAUUCAUACCGCGUUUUCACGGAUCCACAGUUGGGGAUGGAGCUCUUUGCGCUUAUUUGCGAGAGACUGCAUCAAUAUGACCUCGCUCUGGAACUGCUCGAACGUAGCAUCAAAUUCCUAGAGGCGGCAUAUGAAAAAACUGAAGACGCUGGGGUUGAAUAUCGGUACGCCGUCGCGAACGUCAACAUUGGGCGAGUACGCUUGGCAAUCGGAGACUACGCUAGUGCCAAAGCGUCCUUCGAAAUAGUUAUCAAUCUUCUUGAAGGAAAUGCGACUGAUAUCCAGGAGUCAUCAAUUUCUCCUUCUAUAGUGUUGGCCCAAGCGCGUUUUGGGUUGGGUCUAUCAUGUCAUAAGUUGGGGGAAUUGGAAAAUGCCCUUGCGGCGUUCGAAGCAGGGCUGGAGGAGACAUCAGUCGAGUUAGCAGAUGUUCGAAGUCAUAUCGCCAUUCUUCUGGCACAAACUUUGUGGGCGAUGCGUAGCGAUGAGACUCGCGAAGCCGGGAAAGACCAAUUGUUGCAGCUCAUUGCAGAUGACCCAAACAACCUCAGGGCUAUCACCUCCUUGGCAGCAAUGGGAAUUGUGUCACACAACAACGAGCUCACUCAUGCAGCACUGACAGAGAUACUUAACGUGUCGGGCGAGCGCCGGCUAGAACUUGAUCCUAGAGGAGAAGUGAACCGCCUGCUCUUCCUUGACCAUUCAAAAGCGGGCCGAGAUUUGCAGGCCGAGAAAAUCCUGAAGGACGUCCUCGGUGCUGACCCAAUGUCACUUGCAGCACGGCUAGAUUUGGUCGAGCACCUGCUAUGUAAACGGCAUGUGGCGGAUGCCUGUGACCUCCUUGCCGAGGAUGUUCAGCCUAUUCCGACACCCUCAGACAGGAAAUUUCGACUGCUGGCGAUACUUCGGACUAUGGAACGGGGGAAUAAUGGACGGGAAUCCCUCAAUGGAUCACCAGUUUCACAAGGAAAACCGAUACGUCUGGCGGAAAGGGCGACACUGUUGGCACCAUGGAAUCGAACUAAUUGGCAUGUGCUUGCUUACGUACAAUGUGCUAAUCGCUAAGCCCUGUGAUUCGGCUUAAUUUCCGAGAAUGUCAAAUAUGUCAAUCCAUUGGUUUAUUUCCAUGAGACUCAAAGCCACCUGCUAGGUGUGCAGAAUCAUCUCUCAAGGCCAUCCGGUAGUGUAUGAUAAGGCCACCAACGCUGUGCGGAUUUCCG